AUGAGUUAUGAUUCUGAUCCUGUUUGGAAUGGUGUUUGUGCAUUGAUUGUUGAGAGCCGAGUAGAGGAUAGUGAUACGCCAUACAUUCUUGUUAACGAGUUACAUCUUUUCCUCUAUCCUGGCCGACUUUUCCUUACCGAAUCCACUGGCUUAAUACCAUCUACAGCCAAGAAACUUGGUUAUACAGAGGUCCGGGCGCUUCACGGCUGUAUCGGCGGAUCAUUUCUUAGCUUCAAGAGUUCUUGUAUCCGUUUAGCGCAAAUAUUAACCCUAGCCAUGAUCGGUAAAGAGACCAGACAAGAACGGUCCAAUGAAUCGGGUGCAAAGUUCAGCUUCUUUUACAUCCUCUCGGAUACUAGAUCUGGAUAG